AUGAAGCUCAAGGAAUAUCCACCUAGUUUGACGAGCAGGAGCACGUCAUUCCUUCCUUGCGACCAACAGUCUGAUAGCAAAAUCAUCGUGGAUGAUAAGGAACUGCCCCCAAUCGAUGGUGGUACCCAGGCAUGGCUGUUUCUGAUGGCUUCUGCAGUACUUGAAGCUCUAGUUUGGGGUUAUGCAUUCGCCUUCGGUAUAUUUCAAGACUAUUAUAGUGCACAUGAACCCUUCAAGGGAUCAGGCAACAUUGCUGUCAUUGGCACUUGUGCUAUGGGCCUAGCAUAUCUGAUUGCCCCGUUGGCAAUCAUUGUAAUGAUUUUAGUGCCUAAAAUUGCACGAUGGGUGUCAACAAUUGGAGUUGUGAUCAUGUGUUUGUCUUUGGCACUCAGUUCCUUCUCCACCAAUGUCUCGCAUCUGAUUCUGUCCCAAGGAGUUGGUUUUGGAAUUGGUGGCUGUUUAGCAUACACUCCGACCAUUCUAUUCAUGUCUGAAUGGUUUGAUAAACGAAAAGGCCUUGCCUUUGGUAUCGUUUGGGGCGGAUCCGGUUUGUCUGGGAUCAUCUUCCCCCUCGCCAUCCAGUGGCUCCUGGACCAGUACGGAAUCAAGACCACUCUCCAGGUAUCAUCGGUGACACUGUUCAUUCUUUCCGUGCCUUUCCUCUAUUUCCAUCGACCAAGGCUGCCUCAGACCGAGGUCGCAUAUCACCGGCUCAAUUUUCGCUUUUUGUACAACAAAGUCUUCAUUAUCUAUCAGCUCGGGAACACUCUAGAAGCCGUUGGAUUUUUCUUACCGACUAUUUACCUCCCAACAUACGCGCGCAGUAUAGGUGCAACCGAUUUCAUGGCGUCUCUCACAGUGACUCUUGUCAACUUGUUCUCAGUGUUUGGUUCUGUUGCCAUGGGAUUUCUCUCCGACCGAUAUCACAUCACUACCUGCAUCUUGAUGUCAACCGUGGGUACUGUUCUGGCGGUUUUCUUUGCUUGGGGCUUCGCCGUCACUAUCCCCCCUCUUUAUGUCUUUUGUAUUGCAUACGGUCUUCUGGCAGGCGGGUUCUCUUCCACAUGGGCGGGUGUGUCUAAUGAGGUGCAAAAGGCCAAUCCGUCUGCCGAUGCGACAGUAAUUUUUCCAUUCAUGGAAACAGGUCGUGGAAUUGGCAAUGUUGCAAGCGGCCCCCUAAGUGAGGCUUUGCUCAAAGCAGAUAAUUGGAAAGGACAUGCCCUGGGUGCCUAUGGAAGUGGCUAUGGCACACUUGUUGUUUGCACCGGUGCAACCGCAUUGAUGGGUGGCUUCUGUGUGAUCGCACGGCAGUUCAAGUGGAUAUAG